AUGGAAUACGGCAUGCUCAGAAGUGGACUGAAAUGGAACGCUUACACAAACGUUACAAUAGUGAAAGACUUUAAAAUAGAAACUUUAUACGAACCCAAUGAUAAAGACGAAGAAAAUAAUGAAGCGGACAACAUAAAUGAGGCCGGAGAAGUUUCUAAUUGUUACUAUGAGAAUCCACUUUUCGUUCCCAAGGAAGUUCUAAAGAUAAGUGAUAGCGCAGGACUAAUGAACGGUGAGGGGAACUUGGGGGAUUAUAAGUUUUGCGACAAGUUUGUCAUCGGGGAGGAUGAGGCUGUUGUGUAUCUGUCUACGAGUAAAGCGGCGAAGUUGCAGAGAGCGCUCAAGAAUGCCGGCUAUAAAAAGGUAUGUUUUGUUUUUAACUUGAAACUUCUUUAA